AUGUCAAGCAAUGAUUUCGUUGCCCGUCUCAUGCGCAACCCGGCAGAAGCGGAAAUCGACAGAUUUCUGCAGACUCGCAGUGGCAAGCAGAUGAUCCAGUUGUUUCGUUUGAUCCCAGAUCCUAAGGCACAGGCUGCGCUCACAGCGAGGCUGCUGCUGCUCGGACCUCCCGUCAACGAUGCUCGCUUCACCACUCCAGAGAAAGCCAAGAAAGCUCUCAACGCGUUCGUUGCUUUCCGAUGCUACUACGUCACUGCCUCUGAGUUGAAGAAGUGGCCCAUGAAGAAGCUCUCCAGCAUCAUCGGAGCUCUCUGGGAAGCCGACAUGUACAAGUCUUACUGGUCUCUAAUGGCUAAGGCCUGGUCUACCAUCCGCGACCAAGUUGGAAAGGUCGAAGCUCCCCUAGACCGGUUCCUUAUCAUCAUCUGCGGUCACCUCCACAUACCUGAACCUGAGUCAUACCUCGCCUUCUAUGGAUGGUCUCUCUCAAUCAAUAAAGAGGGUAAUCCUUUCAUCUCUCGCGACGGCUCCCUCGAGUUUGCAUGCAUCGGCGCCGGAGUUGCAGACAUUGCGCUCUCUGUUGAGGACAUCAUCGCCUACGUCCAGUCAAUGGGAUACGCGUCUACCUAUGUCGCUAUCGAGGGCACCUCGUCGUCAACUUUCCUCGGACGCUCUGUCAACUCAACUGUGGAGAAGGGCGGUCUCGCCUUGCGAGCGACACCGAUCGUAGCUCCUGUAAUCGACCGCCGCAUCGUCGCUCGCAACAAGCGCCGCGCGAAGCGAGACAUUGCUAGGACUUCUGCUUUGAGGAUAAACAUCGAGCAAGACAUCCUCGCCGCGCACAGGGCUGUCCCUGGACACACCGGCGAACACGUACCUGACCGUUACCCCACUCCUGCUCUCCCCAACUACGACAUCAACCCGUUCUAUCAGCAACUUGUUGGUUAUCUCGACAGCCCGAUUACGGACUCUCAAGAUGAUGCAAAUCCUCAGGCUGACGCAACUCUGAUCGACAACGUAUUCGUCUCCGACACCAUUGCUUACGGUAACAUCACCAACUUCGCAUCAAGCAUGGUCUUGUAUCCAGAUGACUUUGAUGCGUUUCGCCCAGGCGCCAACGAGGAUACAACCCUUCCUGCAUUCGACGAUGUUCUCAACACUUGA